AUGGCUUAUGCUGCUCUUGUCUCUCUUGAAAACACCAUACACAGAUUCCUAAAUGGUAAUCAAUUUUCCAUCUCUGUCGAAGAAAAACAACAAAUUACGUCUCUGCACGAGUAUGUCGCUCCCAUUCGAGACUUUCUCGAAGUAUAUCCGAACAAAUCCGAGAGUUGGGACGGGCAAAUAAGGGAGCUGGCUAAUGCAGCAGAAGAUAUUCUAGGAUAUCUUGUGCUGGAAAAGGUUUUUUUGCCUUGUAAAGAGGAGUCCGAAAUCCAUCCAAGUGGAAACCACAGACCCCACCUGACAGAAGAAGUCAAGGAGACUUGGUUGAAGCUUGACAGAGUGGACUCGUAUGUGAAAAAACUCCCAGAUGAUGCUAAAGCGAAAAGUUUGAAACGGCGAAUCACGAAGAUAACAAUUGAACUGAAAGAUAUCUACGAGUUUUACGAGUUGGAGAAAACUCCUAAUCGUUUUAGAGAAAAGUGGAGAUAUAUACCAGUAGAGUUGGCCAAGCUCAAGACAAGACAUGAAAUUGAUUCAAUCAUGGAGGAAGUGAUGGCCAUAAAGAAUGAUAGCAAUGAAGCCACUUCAUCUUCUACACUUGCACCUGUUGAUGAUAUAGCUGGCUUCCCUCAAGACGAUGCUGAUGCAUCUAAAUGCAAUCGAAGUGCAAAACAUGAGCUCCAGCUGGAAAAAGUUAUGGAGGAGAUUGCUUUGAUUUCUGCAAAAGUGAAGAAUAUAAAGGUUAGUUCCAGCAGCAAAGAAGUGCGACGUUGUGCUGAUCCUUCUUCUCUAAGUUCUUCAGAUUCUUUGACCCUCAGUUCUUCAUCAACUGCUCCAACCAUCCACAAAAAAUCCAUGGUUGGUUUUGACGAUCACGUGAUGAACAUCAAGGAGCGGCUCUGUGGAAAUCCAUCCAAGCUUCAGGUCAUACCGGUAUGUGGUAUGGGGGGCAUUGGCAAAACUACUCUCGCCAGAAAUGUUUAUGACGAUCAACUAACUAAGGAGAUGUUCGACAUUCGUGUUUGGAUUACAGUAUCACAGGAUUACAGUGCACAGAGAAUUCUUUCAGACCUUCUGGAGUCCCUUAAGGAAUACAACGACCAAAGUGGAAAGGAAGAAAGCGCUGACAUAAAGGUGUACAAAAUUUUAAUAGGCAGGAAAUAUUUAGCCGUGAUGGAUGACAUCUGGAGAAGUGAGGCAUGGGAUAUUGUUAGGAAUGUGUUUCCUGAUAAUGUUAACGGAAGCCGUAUCAUGCUAACUACAAGGUUGUAUGAUGUGGCUUCUUAUCCUGGUCCUUCAAUCACGCCUUAUGAGUUGGGUUUACUGACUGAAGAGCAGAGUUGGUACUUACUAAAGGAGAAGGUGUUUGCAAAUCAGGAAUGUCCUUCCGAUUCGGAAAAUAUUGGGAAGGAUAUCGCAAGAAGCUGUAAAGGGCUACCCCUCGCUAUCGUGGUGAUUGCAGGACUUUUAGCUACAGUCCCUAAGAAUCCAGCUUCGUGGAUGGAGAUUGCGGAAAUGGUGAAGUCUGCAAAAACAGCAGAGCAAGAGCAUAUUGAAGAGAUACUAUCUUUGAGCUAUGUGGAAUUACCUCAGUUAUUGAGGCCAUGUUUCUUGUACAUGGGUUCAUUUCCUGAAGAUCAUGAGAUAUAUACCACGAGACUCAUUAGAUUAUGGAUAGCUGAGGGUUUUGUCAAAUUUCCAAUCGACAACAAGUGCUUUGAAGAGGUGGCCGAAGAGUGUUUAGAAGAACUUGUGAAGAGAAACCUUGUUUUUGUCACAAAGAGGAAAUCUGAUGGGAGAAUCAAAAGUUGCAGCCUCCAUGAUCUGAUACGGGAGCUGUGCAUAAGGAAAGCUCAUGAAAGUAAGUUUUUUCUGAAUUUGAUGGAUGAGGAUACUGAAAAGGAGAAUUUUAUGGAUAGCGUAAAAAAUGAGCGUCGGGUAAGUACUUCUUAUCAAAGUUUAUUUUCAAGCUAUGGUGGAUCAACUAUCCAUUCCAUCAAAUGCUCCAAGUAUAAUUUAGUAAAACUGGACUUUGUCGAAGGUGUUAACUUGAUGAGGGUGUUGGAUGCUGAAGCUGCUGAUGUGGAGUCAUUGCCAUCUCAAUUAUUUGAGCUAUUUCAUCUGAGAUACCUUGCUGUUAGAUAUAGUCAUAGAAUUCCUAGAAUCUUAUCAAAACUUCGAAAUUUGCAAACCUUAAUCAUCCGUGAAGAAAGGAGAUCCAAGUUCGAUGAAUUUUUAGCUUGUGGGAUGUUGGUGCCGUGGUGCAUGCAACAAUUAAGACAUGUUUACUUUCAGGGGUGGAUUUAUUUUGACGAUCCUGAAGAAACAACUUGUCCACUUGAAAAUCUGCAGACAGUUUCAUAUGUUCACAUUGCUUCUUGUAGUGAGCGGAUCCUGAAAAGAAUCCCAAACCUAAAAAAACUGAAGUUUGAUUGUUCUGAUGGUCGAGAUGCAGGUUGCCUGAAUGAUCUGGUACAUCUGCAUCGACUUGAGAAUUUGGAAGUAUAUGCUGGUAGUCUUGCAGAACCUCGGGCCAAGAGCUACAAUUUUGCUUUUCCUGAUAAACUCAAAAGGUUAAUAUUGAGGUAUUUGAAACUUACUCUGGACAACAUGAUUGUUGUUGGUUCAUUGCCAAAUCUUCAAGUGCUUAAACUGAAAGGUUGCGGUUUCAGUGAUGGCACAUGGGAAACAACUGAAGAUGAGAAGACUAUGAUGUACCUUCUUCAUGAUUGA